CCCAGGUUGCGAAUUUCAAUAUCUGUUUCACUAUCCUUCGAGCAGCAACUAUUGCUUAGAACCUGGAAGCCUUCAUCCGCCCAACGCACUUACCAACACCCCCAAAAAAACAACAUGUACCAGUCGUUCGUUCUGCGUUCCCAUUCCUCCAUCGCGAAAUACAAUUUUUUCGCGCGGGAGGUUUCUCUCUACAACUUCGUCUUCCUGAUCCUCGGCUUCGCGUUUUUCUGGAUCCUGUACGACAACGGCCUGUACUCCGGAAACCUUUUCACCACGCUUUCCAGUAGUUUGUUCGGCAGCUUACCAGCCUCGCUGCAAAAUUUCGCCGACGUGGAUCAUUAUAGCAGCACGGGUUCUUCUUCCAGUACUUCUGGGUCGCAAUUUUUCAGCAAGACGAGAUGUCAGCUGCGAGUACAGAUUGAUGUGCAGCCGGAAACAAAGACCGGGGUAGAUCUACAAGGGGAGGAGGCCUUCGGAACGGAGUUCGGAACGCGAUUGGUGGCGGCGAUACGGAACAAUAUUGUUUCGCAGGAUGCAAAGGGCUUGGCCACUUUUGGUUCCGCGAAUACGGAGUUUGGAGUUGUGGAUGAAGCUCUUGCCGAGGCAAAUUUUAACGCAAACGGCGAGGAAAGUGGCGCCUUUACUACCAGUUGUACCUACACACUUCGCAUUCAUCAUCAGACGGAUCAUUCGAAGUCGCAGGCCGGGACUACAGAUGGUGAAACGAAUCCCGAGCAUCUUCCAUUCAAACUGCAAAUCGAUCCGGAGGAAACCACAUUAGCGACGUUUACACUCCCGUCUAAAGCGCAGCUGGCACAAGUACUACCAGCGAAGCCUCAGGCCGCAACUUCUUCAUCUACUACCACACCGGAGGACAUUGCACUCAAAUUACUGCAAGCUUUGCAGCAACUUUGGUUCGCCCCGUUUGAGAAAACGAAGGACCGCUUAGUGAAAUUCUGGGGUCAGGACCCCUACUACGUGUUGCAGCUACUGUUUUUGAAGGGGAAAGAGGACAACUUUGUACUUCCACCAAACGAAGAAAGGGACGACACGAUCGUCGAGGGCGGCACACCACUACAGGUUCCCCAUACAGAAGCAGCUUUUACCGAUAAAUCAGACGGGGCAGUGUCAUCUCUCAUCGAGCAGCUUUUCCACCAUUUUUUCGUCCAGCCGCUGUCUCUUCUAUUCGAGCUGGACGUCGAAACGCAGAAGGUGUCUGAAGUUGAUUUCCACAAACUCUCAAAUGAAGGCUCUUUCCUCCGCGAAGCGAGUUCUUGGACCGCCGAGGUGGUCAGUCGGGGGGUGCACAAAUUGCCGCAUCUGAAACGGUUGGCGACGACGGCGGUUGAUGAUGGUGUUUUUGCGGUUGACGGAGACGACGGGGAACAAGCGGGGGGAACAGAGCAAGAGGGUGUCGUUGAGGAUAAGAACCAAGCGCAAGCGCUGGAAGUACGGGCAAGAAGAGAUAAUUCUGCAACCACAACUGAACUUGAUGACAAAAAAGCGAGAAUGUUUUCUGUCGCCGGAUGGGGUGUUUUGGCGAUGACGGAAGAUUUGGACGCGACAUUCACGGUUUGGGCCCGGUAUUUACGGAAAUCGCUCGGCUUGGCGAGUGUGCGAAAGCCGUUUGGGCAUUACUACAACAAUAGUCGGAAUAAAGCAGCGGACAGCGGGGCAGGAGUCUCGUCCGGAAGUACUAGCGAGGUCGCUUUCUCCAAAGUGAUUAUACAGCUCGUAGAUGAUGAUGGUCCUUCAAAGCCUCCAGAAGGAACGGCAAAUAAUAAAGAUCCCGCAACUUCUUCUCUCCCCCUCAACACCUUCCUCGCCGACCACGAGUUGCUCGCUUUGGCCAGGUAUCAAAUGUAAAAAUGUCUGGGUCUGGAAACUUGUGAUGCUGUGUGGCGUAUCAUGAGGAGGCCGCAAGUGCUGACUCAGCAUGACAAGUUUCGGAGCUUCUAGGGGUUGCCUAUUCUGCAUGACAAACUACGUCUCUGUACUACGUUGAAAUAAAGGACACAGAUAAAAUUUGAAAAUUUUGCUACAACGAGUUGAGAAUUAUUUUUUGCUGCAGCUGCGCCGGCGGUUUGUCCAGGGGACUGAGUGCGCAGAUAUUGCGCGGGCCAACUAGUUCGGGGGCUGGAGGCAGGUACAGGUAAGUGAGGACGCGCAGCACCACCAGCGGCUGGCUGUUUUCCUGGAUUUUUCUGAGUAUGCAUUUGAAAUAGCUAGAUUAAAAAUGUUUUUUUUGCAGGCGCUUUUCAUGCGUAUUCAUUUAAAUUUUUAAAGAAUACUUGGCAAAACUAGAAAUGUAGAUGCUAAAGCAUUCUAGGGCCCGAAAUGUAAGUAAUUUAGCCUGCAGCUAAGGGGGCCAAUUCAGAUAGUCCGAAGCGUGCGCGACGGGCUGAAGAAGUUUGUUUUUCAUCUAUUGACUUACUUCAAUAAGCUUCUGACUUACAACUUUGAGGAUCAACUGGCUCAAUUCGAAAAGCCAAAAUCUUGUGUCAUGUACCUGUUCGCCAUAGUGGACGUUCGUCCUGUGUCCCUUACCGAUUAUUUGCCGUUAGGUCGUGAUCGGUAAGGGACACAGGAAAGACGAGUACUCAAACGACACAAUCCGACAGAGUACUCGACACGAACCCCGACAGAGAAAUGCGCACCUUUUGAAGCACUCAUGACGCAUUUAUAAACGAGCAAAAAUUUAUUUUUCAUCCCCAUGGUAUGGCCAACUUCUUUUGGAAUAGCCCCUUUUGUCCUAAAGAAGAAUGAAGGUUAUUUCAAAAAAUGUUGACCACACCAUGGUGAAUAAAAUUGAACUACUCUAUUUUGGGGAGCUAGCUAAUGCGCCUGCAGGUUUAGCUAGUUCAUCAUGCUAAAAACAAAAAGAACAAGCAAGAAGCGGCGGCGCUGCAUCCAGUCCAGGACGCCGGUAGCCCGAGGCCCCAGGCCCCGUUGAGCGUCGAGGUUCGGCUCGAAGUAGUCCCGGUUUUCCGCGUCCAGAACUUCCUGCUUCCACCCGCGGCAAAAUCUCCGGUGGCUACCCGCUUCCGAAAUCCUAAAGCCUAAAUCUCGGCUACGCGACUGGUCAACUCGUAGUAGCAAAAUUUCAAAUUUUUGUCUGUGUCCUCUAUUUCAACGUAGUACUCUGCAUGACAGAAAAGUGGGGCUCUUUGGUAAUGUGCAUGACAGAUUUAAGGUUAUGGCUUGUGUGAUAAGGAGGCAGCACGGGACUAGCGAAGCGGCCCGGGUAGCCGACGCGGGAACACAAAGCGGAUUUUUAUAAAGAGACACCCCGCUCCCUACCGGUCAGUGUUGUUGUGGUCCCGGGAAGACCUAAAACUCGACCCAAAGCAAAUCAGUUCAAAUCUCAAGUGAAAUUUUUUUUUGGCCUGUUGCCACAAAUCUCAUAAAAUUACAAUUGUCUCCGCGAGCGCGCCCUGCGGCGCAGCACUCCAAUCUGAGUCAAGUUUCAAGUGUACGCCUGCGCGUUUGGCCUGCUGCCACAAGUCUCAUCAAAUUGCAAUUUCUCUGCGAGCGAGCCCUGCGGCGCAGCACUCCAAUUCUUUUUUUGGCCUGUUGCCACAAGUCUCAUAAAAUUGCAAUUGUCUCCGCGAGCGCGCCCUGCGGCGCAGCGCUCCAAUCUGAGUCAAGUUUCAAGUGUGCGCCUGCGCGUUUGGCCUGCUGCCACAAGUCUCAUCAAAUUGCAAUUUCUCUGCGAGCGCGCCCUGCGGCGCAGCACUCCAAUCUGAGGCAGGUUUCAAAUGUGCGCCUGUGUGUGCGACCAGCUGCCGCAAGUCCCUUUAAACUGCAACUGUCUCCGCGAGCGCGCCCUGCGGCGCAGAAAUCCACGCUGAGUCAAGUUUCAAGAGUACGCCUGCGCCCUAAAAUCCAGCUACAAACCCAAAAACUUCAACAGUACCAGCGACAAGGUUGUCAAUUAUUCUCCCCCUCAUAGCUUCACUUACGUUCACAAAGGUCGUGGUCGAUUGCUUGGCGCGACCACGUAGUUGCAAACUUCACGCGUCAAGUUUCUCUACGCAGCCUGCUGCCCCGCCCCCUUUCAGCCUGUUUCUAGUGUGAAUCAUUCUGAUUAAGAGCAGUGCCUUUCACAGUUGCAACGUUAGCGCAGCUCCAUGCGCGAUAAGUCCUUCCAGGGCGGGGGUUUCGCAGACUGUACCUUUGGGGCCGGUCCUUGCACCAGUACAAUUUCUCAACUUUUGCCAAGUACUCCGGGACAAGUUGUUCCAGCAUACUAGUUUCGCCAUUUUCCCGUGGCUUCUCAUGUGAGUUAGAGUUUCAUUGAUGAUUUCAUCGAUCCCUCAGUGCAGUACUUACACAACACGUUGGCGGGGCCUGUGUCUCGACCGACUACUUACGCAAGCUACGGACGUUGCGGAUUUUGUCAGCGAUGACGCCGCAUCGUCGGAAGAUUCUAGCACAUAAUUGCUCGCGGGUUGUUGUGUCUUCUUUUGCCUUGAAGCAGCUACUUUGCUUCACUUUCAGACUACUUCGGCCCUCCAGACGUCGUCGCGCCAUCUUGUGUCUCAGGUCCGUUGUCCCGUGCUGCGGCAUGGGCGAGCGUGACCACACUUGCUGGUUAGCCGUCUCGUGUCUGAGGUCCCUCACUCGGUGCUGCGGCAUGGGGUGCGGGAUCACACUUGACGGCGCGACGUCCGAGUGGGUCCACAGUCACAACAAAGAGUCGGGCCCUGGGCUCCCGAUUCGUUUUUGCUUUCGGCAGUUGAGUGUUUUGGGAACAAGCUGAAGCUGGUGCGUUGCAUUUUGCUUUCUCUUCACCUUCUUCUCUUUUUUUCUUUUUUUGUACUUCUGGGUCUGCGCCCCCUCGUACCAACGGGCCUCUCUUUCUCCGUCAUCGGGGUUGUCAGGUAUUCGCGGUCUGGCGACCUACGUUCGCUAGUUCGGCCCGUUGUUGUCUCCGACGGUUUCGAGUUAUAAAAGUUAUGGCUUGUGUGAUAAGGAGGCAGCACGGGACUAGCGAAGCGGCCCGGGUAGCCGACGCGGGAACACAAAGCGGAUUUUUAUAAAGAGACACCCCGCUCCCUACCGGUCAGUGUUGUUGUGGUCCCGGGAAGACCUAAAACUCGACCCAAAGCAAAUCAGUUCAAAUCUCAAGUGAAAUUUUUUCCCGCCCUUCCCUCCCUUUUAUUUCUCGUUACUGUUGUCGAGGCAAAACCUUUAUCCCGCGGGGUAAGGGAAUGGGUUGUCAGGUAUUCGCGGCCUGGCGACCUACGUUCGCUAGUUCGGCCCGUUGUUGUCUCCGACGGUUUCGAGUUAUAAAAAGUCAUGCCAGACAAGCAUGACAAACUUGCAUUCUUCCAGACCCAGACAUUUUUACAUUUGAUACCAGGGCUUGCAGGGAAAUUUACGUGCAGCGGAUUCAGGAGCAAGUGAAAAAUGCGAACGAGUUCAGCAAUGUUCUUCCGGAGGACGUGAUGCAGAAACUGGUUUUGGCGGGGAAGAAGAUGGAGUUGUUGUUGGCGCGAAGAAUUACAACAACAUCGGGGAGGAGAGAACAUGAUGGGAAGAUGAACUACAGCACAAGUAGAACAAGUCCGUUUGAUGUCACUAGCAGUUCUUGGUCCGAGGAACUGCAACUGCUUCGGCAAAUUUUGUUUCUGCUCGAUGAAGCGGUUCAUGAUGAAAAGAUGGUUCCGCAGCUGUAUUUCAGCUUGGAAUUCACGACUGCGGUGUAUUUGCCCGUGGUUUUGCCGGCGCUGGUGCCGUUGCUGACUCUGUUGAAGAGGAAACUGGUAAUGACGUGAGGCCUUUAUGACCUCGAGGGAAAAAGCAUUGACAUUCUGGCGCACUAU